GCACGGUCAACAUGAUUCGGCUGGCGCGAAAGCGGAGCGCGUUUGGCCCCAAUGACUUCAAUUUUAGGAUGGCAACCUCAGCUUCGGUUGGUUUAUCCUCCAAACAACGACGCGCCGGCAGGCAUUCCGCCACGGCAUCUCUUCGCCAGCCCGCCAGUCUUUACACUCGCUACCGCACCCCCUCUGACAGGUGCCGGUCGUCGGUCGGGGCAGGGUAGCACCACGGCAAAUGACCGCACCUUGCGCCGCGCCAGUUCCACGCCAAUGUAGACCCCAACAAUGUCGUCCAGCACCGCCAGACCCUUUCCCGACGGCAACAAGAGGGCAAAUGGCGCCGCGGACCGCGCUGGCCCCCAGAGGCCCCGCGUGAGCGCCAACGAUAGCUUCAGGAGCGACCGCGAUCCGCGCUACAAGGAGGCGUCGCCGCAGCCCGGCCUCCAACCCGGCUUCUCCUCCACCAACACCUCGCACAAACGCUCCGCCUCAGGCAACCUGCGCCCUUCCAGCAGGACCGUCGAGGAGCGCCGGACCGAGAAGACCCACGUGACGACGCGCGAGACGGUCGUGUCCCGCACUCGCAGCCCCAACCGUCGCGCCCAGCCGCCGCCCCAGGACAAGCCGAAGACCAGCGACAUGGGCGGCAAGCACAGGGCCGCCGCCGACUCUCGACCGCGCGAGCCCAGGCCCGAGCCCCCCCAGGCCGUCUGGGAGCCCGAGGCCACCCUGCUCCCGCAUACGACGGCCCCGCUGGCCUCGCGCAUAUCCAUCCCGCCCCUGACCUCGCAGCAGCCUGCGCCGCUCCAGCCGCUACCGCUCCACGAUAUACCCCUCGCGGCGCAGGAGGCCCUGAUCCUCGAGGACCUCCUGUUCGUCCUCAUGGGCAUCGAGGGCCAGUACAUCCGCUAUGCCAAGAUUUACAACCCCGAAGAGGAGCGCGACCGCCUCGCGGGGCCAACUUUCAGGAUACUCCCGGGGCUCGACCCUAGCCUCCAGGAUUUGACCGCGUCCAUGCUCGGCCUGGCAACACACUAUUCGUCGCUCAUGGCCUUUGUUGAUGUGCAGAGCCGAGACGAGUUCGGAUCCGUGAACCAUGCGCUGUGCGCCUCGAUACGGAAGCUUUUGCAGGACUACCUGGUGCUGAUCGCGCAGCUGGAAACCCAGUUCCUGACGGACGACGCAUUCACGCUGCACGUCCUCAACAUACACCUGCUGCCCACCAGCCACAUGAUGCUCCAGCUGCAUGACCUGGCGCACGAGCUGCUCAAGAAGAACGCGCUCCUCGACGAGGAGAGCGACGACUCGGCCGACGACGACGACACCGAUUUCGACAACAUCGUCAACCGGCUGAGAGAGGGCGGCGACAUCAUGCCAGGAAACAUGGCGGCGAAGAAGAUCUCCAAGGGCGGUGCUGUACUGGCCAUAAUAACAGCCAGGCUAGAAUCCAUGUCCGGGGACCCGGCCGCCCGCGAAGUCCUGACAACUCUGCUCAGGGAUGCCAGCAGGCCUUACAUGGCCAUGCUCAACGAAUGGCUGCACCACGGAGCCAUCAACGACCCGCAUUCCGAGUUCCUGGUCAAGCAGCAGAAGAGUAUACGACGAGAGCGACUAGAGCAGGACUACACGGACGACUACUGGGAGAAGCGCUACACUAUACGGGAGCAGGAUGUGCCUGUACCACCGCAGCUGGUAAGCCUGAAGGACAAGGUGCUCCUGGCGGGCAAGUAUCUAAACGUAGUGCGGGAAUGCGGCGGCGUCGAUGUGAGCAAGCAGGUCAAGGACGUGCCGCUCACCUUUGACGAUCCGCGCUUCCUGGACAACGUGCACAAUGCUUACGCACACGCCAACGAAUCAUUGAUGAACCUGCUCCUGACGGCGCACUCGCUGCCGGCGCGUCUGCGGUCGAUGAAGCACUACUUUUUCCUGGACCCGUCCGACUACUUUAUCCACUUCCUCGAGCUUGGGGCGGCGGAGCUUAAGAGGCCCGUCAAGGCUGUCAACACGAGCAAGCUGCAGUCUCUGCUGGAUCUGGUGUUGCGGCAGCCGGGAACGGUGGUGUCACUCGACCCGUUCAAGGAGGACGUCAAGGUGGAGAUGAACGAGGUACCGCUGGUCAAGUCUCUGCAGCGCGUGGUUAACAUCACGGGCAUAGAGGCUGGCGAGGCGCUGCAGCCGCUGACCAACCUGCCAAACGAGGCGGACAGGAACGCGGUCGGGUUCAACUGCCUGCAGCUGGACUACGCCGUGCCGUUCCCCGUGUCGCUGGUCAUCAGCCGCCGGACCGUCUGGCGAUACCAGGCGCUGUUUCGGUACCUCCUCUCGCUCCGGCACCUCGAGUCGCUGCUCUCGAACCACUGGCAAACGCACAACCAGUGGGCGCUGUGGACGCGCAAGAGCCCGUCCCGUAGGAUAGAGGCCUUCAAGCGGCGCGUGCUCACGCUGCGGGCGCGCAUGCUGGUCUUUGUGCAGCAGCUCCUCUACUUUUGCACCGCCGAGGUCAUCGAGCCCAACUGGCACAAGUUCAUGCAGCGUCUGGAGAAGAAGGAGGGGGCCAAGGGCCUGACCCGGACCGUGGACGAGCUCAUGCAGGACCACGUCGACUUUCUCGACACGUGCUUGAAAGAGUGCAUGCUUACCAACAGUAAGCUCCUCAAGAUCAACGCGAAGCUCAUGCACACCGUUUUAUUCUUCGCGACAUACAGCAGGUGGUUCAACCAGGAGCUCAAGAAGGCCGACCCGGAGCUCAACGGGACAGUGAAGCCGGCGGGCAUGUCCGACCGAGACUGGGCGCAGAUCCAAGCGCUACCGACGGACAAGUCGUCGUCGGCCGGGGCGGGCGGGGGGGCGGGGGGCGAGAAGCCGAGGGACAUGUACGAGAUCCUCGCAAAGUGGGAGGUCAACUUCAGCCGGCAUCUGCACAUCAUGCUCGAUUCGCUGAACCACUACGCGGCGACCGAGACAGUGGUGCUGCUGAGCCUCUGCGCGCGGCUCAGCGCGGCCAGCGAGGGCACCGAGACGCCCGGGCAAAGAGCCAUGGACGAGGAGAAUGACUGA